CGUCCGAGUGAGCGGGCCUGGUACAGGCAAUUUAAAAUGGGUGGCCAUUUUGGAAACUUGGCAAGAGUGAGGCAUGUGAUCACUUACAGCUUGUCUCCAUUUGAGCAGAAGGCAUUCCCUAACUACUUCACCAAAGGAAUUCCAAAUGUAUGGAGGCGAUUUCGUUCACAGGUCUUCAGGGUAGCUCCUCCUUUUGUGCUGGCCUAUAUUGUUUACACCUGGGGGAACGAAGAAUUUGAGCGACUGAAAAGGAAGAACGCUGCUGACUUUGAAAAUGAUGAGUAAUACAGCUAAUAGGGAGAUCUUAGUGUAUUAAUGUCAGAGUCCCUUCCUUGUUUCUAAACUUGUUCACAUACACACAAAAGGAUAUUUAUUGUAGCAGGCUGCGAAAGCUUGUUCAAUAAAUCUUAGUUCCU